GUUCACACUGCGGUGUUUGUUCUGAACACAAACGCAACAUAAUCCUCUGAAUCCCACUCUGAACCUGCUUUUAUCUCAUCAUGCAGGAAGUUGAGGCAUUUUUGGGGUCUGAACAAAGCUUGUGAAAACCACACAGCCCUCUGAACGGAUGACAUGAGGUCACGUGCUGCAUGCUUUUGUUCUGACCUCUUUAGGUCUGCCUGACUGGACAGUACACCCGUCUGCUGCUCAAGCUGGAGGCUUCACACCAACUGCUGGGCUUGAAAGAGAAGGUAUUUCAACAGCAGAAUGAGUAUGGAACUCGAAUUGAAGAAUGUGGCUCUGACAGCUGGAGAAAAGCUGAAAGUGAAGGGAGAGAUUCUCCAUGAUGCUGAGAGAUUCCAGAUCGAUCUCGGUUGUCACCCAGAAGACUUGGCUCUACACUUUAACCCUCGUUUCCAUGACGAUGCUGAUGGUGCUGUGCUUGUCUGUAACUCAAAGACUGGUGGGUGCUGGGGUGAUGAAAAACGGGAAAUUGACAAUCCUCUGCAGAGGGGCAGUGAUGUGAAGAUUGUGUUAAAACUAUCUGGAGACAUGUUUGAGGUGGAGCUACCUGACGGACAUGAGGUCCAGUUUCCUAACCGUGCUGGGAUGGACGUCAUCACCUACAUCAGAAUUACAGGAGAUUUCAAACUCACAAGUUUUAAGAUCUGCUGAGAGACAUACAUCUAUAGUUGUCUUGAUGAUUAAAUCUGAAAUGUGGGUAAAAAUAGUUAAAACAUAGAUUGUCUUGUUACAAAUGCAUCCUAAAAUACUAAAUAGUUUAACUCAUAUACAUGGAAAUAAAGUUGCAUAGUUAU